CCGCAUCGCCACCGCAGCCCAGGCAGAGCCGAGCCAGCCCCGGCCCCUGUCCCUGCCGGCACUCGGCCCACCGCCCCGGCCCCGCCCCCGCCCCCGCCCGCAGGGCCCCCGCAGCGGCUCCGGCGACCCCCCCUCCCCGGCGCCCCCAGACCCCAGCCUCCGGCACCGAGGCGGGAGACCGGGAGCAGCGGCAGAGGCAGGAGGACUAGGAGGAGGAGGAGGAGCCGUCGCAGGAUGAAGGAUCGGACUCAGGAGCUGCGGAGUGCGAAAGACAGUGAUGAUGAGGAGGAGGUGGUCCAUGUGGAUCGAGACCACUUUAUGGAUGAGUUCUUUGAACAGGUGGAAGAGAUCCGAGGCUGCAUUGAGAAACUGUCGGAAGAUGUGGAGCAGGUGAAAAAACAGCAUAGUGCCAUCCUGGCUGCCCCCAACCCAGAUGAGAAGACCAAACAGGAGCUGGAGGACCUCACUGCAGACAUCAAGAAGACGGCCAACAAGGUUCGGUCCAAGUUGAAAGCGAUCGAGCAAAGCAUUGAACAGGAGGAGGGUCUGAACCGUUCCUCCGCGGACCUGCGCAUCCGCAAGACCCAGCACUCCACACUCUCCAGGAAGUUCGUGGAGGUAAUGACCGAAUAUAACGCGACCCAGUCCAAGUACCGGGACCGCUGCAAGGACCGGAUCCAGCGGCAGCUGGAGAUCACUGGAAGGACCACAACCAAUGAGGAGCUGGAAGACAUGCUGGAGAGCGGGAAGCUGGCCAUCUUCACAGAUGAUAUCAAAAUGGACUCACAGAUGACGAAGCAGGCACUGAACGAGAUCGAGACGAGGCACAACGAGAUCAUCAAACUGGAAACCAGCAUCCGAGAGCUGCACGACAUGUUUGUGGACAUGGCCAUGCUUGUGGAAAGCCAGGGUGAGAUGAUUGACCGCAUUGAGUACAACGUGGAACAUUCCGUGGACUAUGUGGAGCGAGCCGUGUCCGACACCAAGAAAGCUGUGAAAUAUCAGAGCAAGGCGCGGAGGAAGAAAAUCAUGAUCAUCAUUUGCUGUGUGGUGCUGGGGGUGGUCUUGGCGUCAUCCAUUGGGGGGACGCUGGGCUUGUAGGCCCCCCUUCUCUCUCCCAGAGCCCUCCUCCACCACAUCGGGAGCAAUACCCCCACUGCCCCUCUCACUCCAGCCCUGCUCCAGCUCACCCCAACCCAGACCCAGGCAGCCCCACCCCCCCUCACCCCACGGCAGACCCUGGAGUCCCUGGACCUCACCCUGCCAUGGACCACCCCCUGCCCCCGCACGUAGAUAGCAGCAGGCGUGAUUACACAUGCACACCAACAUGCAUGCCGCCGGCACAUGCUCGAGACGUGUGGACACCCCAGCGUGUGUGUACGUGUGUAGAUGUGUGUAGAUGCACCCGAUCACUCCCACACCCUCCACCUCAAGUCUGUGUGUGGUCUGAGCCUCCCCCUUCACCUGGGUUGUUGUGUAGACUGUGGCCGAGUACAACACAGCAGCCCGCCAUGCCCCUCCCUGUCUUCUGUGAAGAGGUAUGUGUGUGUACGUGUGAAACCACAGGUCUGUGGACACCCAGUUUGUGUACAUGGAAUUUUGUGUUUUGAGUGUUUGAACCUAAUGCAACAGCAGGAUAGCCCCUCCCCUGUGUCUGCUACAAAUGGGGCAGGUUGUGUGUGCACAGACACUCACACUCGCAUCUCAGAGGAUCCCGGAAGGCCCGGUACACACAGGCCACGGCAGACACUCCUGUGAUAUAGGACAAACUCUCCCGGCUUAGUUACCCCAGUGUCCCGGGGAGGGGUGUGUGUGUGUGUGUGUGUGUAUGUAUGUGUGUGUGUGUAUCUCCAGGGUGUGCCCAAAGUGCUGAUGGGACUUCUCAGAUGGAGCCCUCCACACUGUGGACUGGACACCAGUUUUGGGUGGACACAGAAAUUUGUACUUCUAUGCUACCUAGAAUAUGGCUGUGUGAGUGUGUGUGUGCGUGCGCGCGCGCGUGUUUAGGGGCUUUCUACAUAGUGUGUUUCUGCCCCCUGUGUAUUAUACAUACACGUGUUUAUUUAAGGACAUGUGCCCCAUCUGGGUUUGUUUAUCCAGGCUUAUUUGCCUCACCUCUGUCCCCAGAGCUGCUGACCGAUAUCUGGUGUGGCUGCACACACUGCUACAUCGACAUUGUGCAACUGGAGCUUGCUGCCUGCGAGGCCUCAGGGCCCCUGUGCGCACAUGCCCAGACCCUUAUCUUUCUCCGUCUCUGCCUAAGGAUACGCCUGAGCCCGUGAGAGCUGGUACACCGCAGGGUGCUGACGCACGCCAAGGCUGAGGAGGUCCCGUGAAGGUGGCCGCACCCAGGCACACACACGCACACUGUGCACGCUAACAUUGUUGUGGUGCCUGUCCGGGCCCACACCGGUUAGCACAGGAGUGCCUCCUGGAAGGGCUGUUUGCAGGGAUGUUACUGAUGAGUCGACAUGUCAAGGGCUGCCCCAGCCAGAUUGAAAACCUCACACACUCACCAAGAAGGUCGAUGUUGGUCCCUACUGCUCCAUUGGAUGCUCUGAGCUCUGCCUCAGGGAACUUGGGUUUGGGAACCAUUUAUUUCGGACGUACUGGCAUGGUCAGUGUGGCAGUGGCUAUUCAGGGUGGGUGAGGUCCUGGGGCCCAUCCCCUGGACACCUCUUCUGCUGAAAUGUCAGCAAUGGCUGCUCCCCACUCCAGCAGGGAUUGAAGGUGGGGUACGGGCCCAGGUUCCUGAUGGUGAGGAAAGGGCUAGCUCCUCCCCUGUUGUGUAGACAACAUGGGCAUGGCUUGCAGGUUUGUGUGUUUGGUGGUGGUAGGAGGUGCAUGGAAGAAAGGACAAUGUUAGAAUCCCCCCUCCAUGGCCCAGGAUCAUGUAGGUUGAACGCAUAAGUACUUGAAUGUGUCCUGCCCUGGGGUAGGACAUGCAUGUGCUCAGGGUGAAAGGUCCUGCAUCAUGUGAAGUGUGUGUAUGUGUGUGUGUGUGUGUGUGAGAGAGAGAGGCCAUGCAGAUGUGACCUCCCGGAACAUAACACCCCUCCCACCCCCACCCCAGCCCAGACAGCCAACCUCUCCCCUGCCUGGCUGUGUGGGCCCUGCCCACCUAGUCUGUGUGUGUCAGUGUGGCCACAUGUUUGUAAGCCCCAGGUCGGCUGUCCUGAGGUGGGGAGCCUGCCUGUCCAUUCCUAGAAGGCCCUGCUGCAGGACAGGAAGUCUGCCCUGGAGUGUGGCCACGGCCCUCCUGCUCCAAUCUCAGGCGUCUUUGGAGACAUCAGAAUUGGCCCCAGCGCCCAACCCCCUUCUUCCUUCCUGCCUCCCAGACAGGACCCCCUUUCAGUCCAGGUGUUUCCGGAAGUCUCACGGCCUUGGGGCCACAAGAGAAGGGUGGAGCCGUGGCUGGAGUGCUGUUCCUGCCUCCUCGAGUGGCCCACAGCUGCCCAUCUCUGGGCCUCAGGUGGACCAGGGGAUCCCUGAGGGUCUGCUGUGCCCCAACUUUCUACAAGUCCCACACGUCAUACGAUGUGUUUGCUUGUUGGCUGCCAUCUCUGUGUGUGUCCUGGAGUGUCGUCUGGAGGCUGGUGUCUUUUGCAUGCUCUCGGACAAAUGUGUGCUGCCCACCCUCCACGCACCUACAACCAUCAAGCCCAAGUGUGCCCCGUGGGUGGUCCCGGGCCUGGCCAGGGCUCAACGCUUCCCCUUCCUCUUUCUCCCUGUCCCUGCCUCUCAGCAAGCACACUGCGUGUCCACCCCAUGUGCCCGUGGGUCGAUGCACGCUCUCGCCACGCCUUGAGCGUGUACAUAUGAUGUGUUCUAUGCAUUCACCCUGCCCCCCCAGCCUGCCCCGCAGAGGACAAGAUGGGUGGCCCCCGGCUCCCUUCUCCCCCACCCACCUCCUGCCCGCUGUGCAGCCGUGUGCGUUGGCGUGUGUUUCUGUGUCGCUGGCGUGUCACGUGAUGUAGCCGUGUUUGCUGACAUGAGCCCCUGCCCCCUUCUCUGUUUCUCCGUUGGUUUCUAGAGCUCUCUCCCCCAACUCCCCAGAGGGGACAGGACUUCUGGGGCCUGGCUGGGGGCCCAGAGCCAGGCCCCCCUCCUGUUAGCCCUCAGAGCCCCAUUUCUCUCUAUUGGUGACCAAGUUGCAAAUGGAUAAAACACAGGAAAAUUCUGCCCCCCCCAGCCCUGCAUGUCCUGUCCCCAGAGCCCCCCACCCCAACCCCGGGCCGGGUCGGGCCCCGUGGGACGGGAGAAAUAGCAACCAAUCCAACAGCGGG